AUGGAGAAUAGCCCUAGUGUAAAAGAGAAUCAAGCUAAUACUACAAGUUCAAGAAACAUAGUCCAGAAAUUAAAUGUGAUGGGAGCAUUAUUCGUUUGGGAAUUACAGAAAUUGGCUUGUGAUACCUUUAAUGAAACAGUGAACUUCACUGACAUAGUCAUGGCAUUUUCUUCAUUACAGAAGAGACAGUUAUCCAAUGUGCAUCCUUCAAUAAGUUCAGAAACCAGAAAGAGUAAAGAAAUAGGAAAUGGGGCAUUUGGUACUGUAUAUAAAGGGCGUUGGAAUGGGACUAAAGUUGCUAUAAAGGAGAUUGUUAUGAAGAGAAUCGAGAUUGCAAAACCAUUCAUUGACCGUGAACUUUGUGUACAAAGUAAGUUAAGGCAUCCAAAUAGUGUACUGCUGAUGGCGUAUGCCUUAGCAAGUGAUCAGCUAUACCUGGUUUCUGAACUUAUUAAAGGAUGCAUAUUGGAUAACUGUCUCUUCUGUAAUGAAGAAAAUGCCAUGACUAUGUCAGUGAAGUUGACUGUUUCAUUAAAGGUAACACAAGCCACUGUGCACUCACAAGAUCCAAUAAUCAUUCACAGGGAUAUAAAGCCGGAAAAUAUACUUGUUUUGCAAGAUUUCCAUGUGGUAAUGUUACGUGACAUGGAUUUGAGCAAGCUCAGGUGCAUGAAUACUGUCAUGACAACUAUGGCUGGUGGGUCCUCACAGCCUGGCACUCUUGCUUACCAGACAUCCGAGGUGAUGCUGGAAAGAAGCAGCUCAAAUUUCAACAACAGAUGUGUGGAGGCUUGUGUGUACUUUGGUAGAAGUGAUGGUUGA